AUGACGAUUAGCUCUAGUUAUCUUCCAUAUACCGAUUUCCUGGAGAAUCUGCCUGCCAACCCUGUCAAGGAGAUGUGCAAGAUCAUCGACGCUUUCCCCGCGGGAGCAGACGUCGUUGACAAGGCCUUCGCAGCAGCGAGCCUGUACUACAAUUACACGGGUGACCAGAAGUGCUUCAAGGUGGAGGGUGAGGAUGACCCCCAUGGCCUCAGCGGCUGGGUCUGGCAGGCCUGCACCGAGAUGAUCAUGCCGAUGAACGUGUCAAGCGAGAGCAUGUUCCCACCAUCCGGCUUCAGUUACGAGGAGGGGUCCGAGGAAUGUGUCGAGAGCUACGGAGUUCGGCCGAGGGAUCACUGGAUCACUACCGAGUAUGGUGGCACCGAAGCAGCUUUCGCCCGCUUAUAA